AUGGUUUAUCCUCAUGCCUAUCGUACAGAACAUAGUGAAACGCAAACUACCAGCGGUAGUUACGGGGCGUAUUUUCUCGUAAAACAAAGUAUGAAAAUUAAGAUCCAACCUGCCCUAUUAAAAAUAAUACAAUUCAUAGAUUCAAACAGGAAGAAUUUUUUAAAAGAUUUGGAACAAGCAGUUAAAAUACGCUCUAUUACAACAGAUAUAGAAUACCGAUCUGAUGGUAAGAAAAUGAUAAAGUUCAUUGAAGGUUGGUUGGUAAAGUUAGACUUAAGGUACGAAUGUUUUAAUAUUGGAUUUUACAACCUUAAUGGCCAGAAAGUUAGAAUUCCCCCAGUUAUUUUAGCUUCAUUAGGAAAUGACCCAAAUAAAUACACGGCAUUUAGGUUUCAUAAAAUGCCAUUACCAGUGAAUUUAAGAUUGGUUAUAGAAAUGAUGCACCAUCAAAAUAGCUUAGGAUUUUCAGCCUUUGUCGCAACAAGAAGACAGGACUUUUUUAAUAGUGUGGAUUAUGUAAUUGAAUGCGACGGGGAAUGGUUAGGACCUAAAUGCCCAUGAGUUCUUCAUUUUGAAAUGACCAUCGAAGCAGUACCUGAUUCCAAAACUAAUAUUAAAGAAGACAUGAUAAAGAUAUUUGAGACCAUAGUCGAUGAGAAGAAUAACAUAAUUAUUCCAAAUUUUAGCGACAUGGUGGAACAGAUUACUCCAGAUGAAGAGCGAAUGUAUGAAAAAAUAAAUGAGUUUAACAUUGACGAAAUAAGGGACUCUUUACCACCACACAAAAAGUCCUGGGACCAAGUGAGACUUCUUAUGAGUCUCUGGAGACUGCCACAAAUAUUUAUUGAUGAUAUAGAUGAAUGUAUUUGCGAUAAAAAAGAUAUGAGUAUCGUUAAAAGACAUUUCAUAAUUUAUAAACAAGAUCCAAAUUUAAUUAGAGAAGAUCGAGGAAGAGAAAGCCCAGCUGUUUUUGACAGUGUUCUGGAAAAGAACAUUGUUAUGGUACCACUUUGUUCCAAGAACUCAAAUCAUGCUGAGGCGAAUGAAAGAAUUUCUGCUAGAUGCUACUACGAAGGAACAAAAUUGUUGGCGGCCUACAUGUUCCAGCUAGCCGAGAAACCUAAAUCAAAAGCAAAUUUAAAGUCUUAA